AUGUAUUAUAUCGCCCACCUUUCAAUCCUCCACUUUCUCCACCUCCCGCAUACACAAGAAGGAUACGCACUCAUUAUGUCUCUCGUACCCACCAGUCGAAACGGGGCAAAUACUCCUCUGGCUGGCCGACUCGUACAAGCUCUUCCCUCCGACAAGACAAGCACGAAGGGAAAGGUGCCCGCUGGGUUUGCGCAAGAAGUCGCCAUAAGCGAAGCCAGCUUCCGAUCUCUCCACCGCGACGUCCAAAGUCAGCAGUCGGCAGGCAAAAAGCGCAAACGGGAAGUGAAAGGCGACAGCAGCGUCCUAUACGGCAGCGGCGCAUACAAAGGUCCUUGGGCAAAAUAUGAGGAGAAGAUAGUCGAUAGCGACAGUGGCGAGGAAGUGGAGAUCUCAGGCGACGAGAGUGGGGAGGAAGUCGUGUAUGAAGAAGAUGCCAUCGUCCCCGUACCAGCCAAGGGCGCCCUAGCAGGGACAGCCUACGAGGAAGUGAGCGCGGAGAAGGAAACGAGCACUUUCGAGGGCUCACAACAAUACGACUACCAAGGCCGAUCAUAUAUGCACGUUCCGCAAGAUCUGGAUGUGGAUCUGACGUCCGACUUCGACUCGCUCAGUCUGAAGUGCUACCAUCCGAAGAAACUAAUCCAUACCUAUCAGACUUCCGCCGGAAAGUCCGCCCACGACCGAGCCCUGACAGCUCUCCGCUUCUUCCCUCGCUCCGGUCAUCUUUUGCUCAGUGCGGCAGCCGACGGCAAAGUGAAACUUUGGGAUUCCUACCACGCCCGCGAACACCUCCGCACUUACUCCGGCCACACCAAAUCCGUCAUCGACAUCGACUUCACGCCCGACGGAACAAAAUUCCUCUCCGCCUCCUAUGAUCGUCAGAUGAAAGUCUGGGAUACCGAGACAGGUUCCUGCCUCGGCCGGUACAGCACAGGCGUCACCCCACACGUCGUGCGCUGGCACCCCGAAGACCCGAGCGGUAAGGAGUUCCUGGCAGGCAUGCACGACAACAAGAUCGUCCAAUUCGAUACCCGGCUACCGAGUGACGGGGAGAAGAAAAACCCAGUGCAGGAAUACGAUCACCACCUCGGCCCCAUCAACACCAUCACCUUCUGCGACGAAAACCGCCGCUUCAUCACCACCUCCGACGACAAGAGUUUGAGAGCAUGGGAAUACAACAUCCCCGUCCCCAUCAAACUGAUUUCAGACCCGGGCAUGUUCCCCCUCGUCAAAUCCGCCCCCCACCCAACCAAACCCGCCGUCCUGAUGCAGAGCGCCGAUAACACGAUCAAAGUCUACAAUACCGGGGAGAAGAUCCGCGCGAAUCGGAAGAAGGAGUUUCGCGGGCAUAAUACGGCGGGUUAUGCGGUGGACAUUACCGUUUCGCCUGAUGGCGGGAUCGUGGCGAGUGGGGAUAGUGCUGGGUUUUUGUGUAUGUGGGAUUUUAAGACGCUGAAGUUGUGGCAUAAGAUUAAGGCGGGAACAGAUGGGGCCGCUGUUGUGGCGUGUGCGUGGCAUCCGAGGGAGACGAGUAAGGUUGUCACAGGCGAUCUUAAUGGGGUGGUGAAGUAUUGGGAUUGA